UCCUCCCUCUGCUCUCGCAUCCAACUCUCCUCCUCUUCUUCGUUUCCUGCGCUCUGCGUCGCUCUCUAUAUCCGAGCUCUUAGGUCUUUGUUCGCGUCAGCCGGAAGUCGGUGGUACAAUGGCGGGCGGCGCGAUUGUCAACACCGGGGGCGGGAAGGAGUACCCCGGGAAGCUCACCCUCUUCGUCUUCCUCACCUGCGUCGUCGCCGCCACCGGCGGCCUCAUCUUCGGCUACGACAUCGGCAUAUCCGGUGGUGUGACGUCGAUGGAUUCUUUCCUGGAGAAGUUCUUCCCGGAGGUCUACCGGAAGGAGAAGAAGGACACGAGCACUAACCAGUACUGCAAGUUCGACAGCCAGCUGUUGACCACCUUCACGUCGUCGCUGUACCUGGCGGCGCUGAUCGCCUCCUUCCUCGCGUCCGCCGUCACGAGGAUGUUCGGGCGCAAGUGGUCCAUGUUCGGCGGUGGGCUCGUCUUCCUCGUCGGCGCCGCCCUCAAUGGCGCUGCCAGGAACAUCCUCAUGCUCAUCCUCGGCCGCAUCCUCCUCGGCAUCGGCGUCGGCUUCGCCAACCAGUCUGUGCCGGUCUACCUGUCGGAGAUGGCUCCGGCGCAGCUACGCGGGAUGCUCAACAUCGGGUUCCAGCUCAUGAUCACGGUGGGAAUCCUCGCCGCCAAUCUGAUCAACUACGGGACCGCCAAGAUCAAGGGCGGCUGGGGGUGGCGCAUCAGCCUCGCCCUCGCCGCUGUCCCCGCCGGUAUCAUCACCCUCGGCGCCUUAUUCCUCCCCGACACGCCAAACUCCCUCAUCGAGCGUGGUCACCCCCAGGAGGCCAAGGAGAUGCUUCGUCGCAUUCGCGGCACCGACGACAUCCACGAGGAGUACAACGACCUCGUCGCGGCCAGCGAGGAGUCCAAGCUGGUGAAGCACCCUUGGGCCAAUAUCAUCCAGCGCAAGUACCGCCCGCAGCUCACCAUGGCCAUCCUCAUCCCCUUCUUCCAGCAGCUCACCGGUAUCAAUGUGAUCAUGUUCUACGCACCCGUGCUCUUCAAGACCAUCGGUUUCGGCGACAACGCUUCGCUCAUGUCCGCCGUGAUCACCGGGCUGGUCAACGUGUUCUCUACGCUUGUGUCCGUCUUCACCGUCGACAAGCUCGGCCGAAGAAAGCUGUUCUUGCAGGGCGGGUUUCAAAUGAUCCUCUGCCAGAUUAUAGUCGGAACCUUAAUCGCAAUCAAACUCGGCACCAGCGGAGAGGGGCACUUCUCCAAGACCUAUGCAGCUUUCAUGGUGUUCUUCAUCUGUGCCUACGUUGCUGGAUUUGCAUGGUCUUGGGGUCCCCUGGGAUGGUUGGUUCCCAGCGAGAUCUUUCCUCUGGAGAUCAGGUCAGCAGGACAGAGCAUCAACGUGUCGGUCAACAUGCUCUUCACCUUCAUCAUCGCUCAAGCAUUUCUCGCCAUGCUCUGCCACAUGAAGUUUGGCCUCUUCUACUUCUUCGCCGGAUGGGUGGUCAUCAUGACCACCUUCAUCGCCCUUUUCCUUCCCGAGACCAAAAACGUGCCGAUCGAGGAGAUGAUCCUCGUCUGGAAGGCCCAUUGGUUCUGGAGCAAAUUCAUCUCGGAUGAUGACGUCCAUGUAGGCAACGUUGAGAUGAGCAAUGGCAGCAAGUCCAAGUCAGUCGUAUGACUACAGACCGGUCCUUCAUCCUCCUUCAAUAAUCCAAGAAGGGUUCUAAACGGACCACGAACCAAUCUUUUCUAGCAUUCAUCCUCCUUUUUGGUGUUGUCAUGGCUGGGCUGUUCUUCUAUACAGAUAUCAAUGAUGAAACAUCUAUGAGAUUCUGUAAAGCUUUUGAUUCAUAUGUAAUCGAGGCAGCCUAAAACUUUGGGAAGAA